AUGAGCAGCAGCCACAAGUGGACGAGGUUGCUCCUAAUGGGCCUGAUUGCACUUUUGAGUCGCAGUGCCAGCGCCUCGGCCAAACAGGUGGCACUGAGACCCCUGGCAUCAGCAGAGGUUCGAGCUCUGGAGAACUCGAUGGCCAAGGGGCGAUCGGUAGUCAGUGGCCUGGCUGGCCUCACCGGCUUCGUCCUGGGCUUGGGAAAGGCCCUCACUGGGGUCUUCAUCUACGAUGUCAUUACGGCCAAUAUCACCGAAUCAGAUGACACCAAAGUCUCAUCGAACAGUGGUUCCUUUAGGGAAGUUUGCUUCAGCACUGGCAGCUCUAAUUCGGAUAUGACCUGCCUAGUUUACUAUACACAUAACGGAAACUAA